UGACGAUGACACCAUCGAUGCUGCCUGCGAUCGUAGCUCUUCUGGCAACGCUAUGCUGUCCAACUGCGGCCCAUUUGCCAGAGCCGUGGCCGUCGUGCGACCUGCUGUACAACUGGUUCUGGUGCCGGGGCCACCACGAGGGUGGCCUUAUCUGCGAGGGGAGCUUCAAGUGGGGUUCCGUGGAGCCGGUGGCCGUACUCUGGACACGCUCCAUUGAGACCGGCGACCAAAGUCACGUCCGAGGACAGGAUGAUUUUGGCUUCCUCUACAACGUGAUCAACUAUGAAGGACAUUUAAAGUUUUCGUUGAGAUAUUGUUUUGAAGCUGAAAGAACAUAUCCCGAAUCUUCUGACUGGCAUCACAGAGAUCCACCGCCGUGCAAAGAGAACUGGUACAACUGCGACCUUAUAGACGACAGAUUCGCAUGCCAGCUGAGACUGUGUCCGUGGUCACACGAGCCACUGCUCCCUUUGUCUGGGAAGGUCGUUGAUUGGUACGGCUGCACAAAAAAUGGGGACCAGGUUGACUGCUAUCUCAGUAAUCUUGGUGAGCGCAAGAUUCAUCAUCACAGCUGGCCGCACGUGAAGCAUCAUGAUGGCUUCCACGAGCACCUCCCUCACUACGAGUAUGCUGGUAUGGAACCCGAGUACCAAGACAUGAGACACGAAGAUCUCUGACCAACUGCUGGAACCAACUACUUCCUUCCUUCUGUCACCGGCUUAGAAACGAUGUAUGGUCAAUGAAGUCACCUACCCCGGCACUUUGGAGCCUAAAUCGCUGCGUCAAGAAAGCCACUGGAGAUCUUACU